AUGGAUCCAUUCAUCGUCAGCCCUUUGCGACAGUGGAAGUUGGAAACAACCUACGACAAUAGCGGGCAGAGAUGUCAUCAACAGCCAUCGGGCGAUGAGUGCUGGCGACCGAUCAAAAGGCUGGGAAAUGGCAGCUUUGGCGACGUCUGGCAGGAGCUCUGCGUCUCUGGGCCCUCGCAAAACGCAGUCCGCGCCGUAAAGCACCUGCACAAGCGGCAAGCUAAAUCCUCUGAGAUGUCGAGACGCGAACUCGACGCUCUAGUCACUUUUUCCGAUCCCAAGACGGCGGAGCACAAGCAGUACCGGGAUCACUUUGUCCAAUUCCUCGGCUGGUUUGACGAUGCAAAUUGUUUCUACCUGGCAAUGGAGCUCCUCGAAUACGGCGACCUUCAAAAAUAUAUCACUGCGCCAUUCCCUGAACCCGAAGCCGCAUCGAUUGUCGCCCAAGUCGCGCAAGCUCUGCAGUAUAUGCAUCGGAACAACUUCGUUCAUCGUGACAUUAAACCCCUAAAUAUUCUAGUGUCCUCCCCCGGCCCAAGCUGGCACGUCAAAGUCGCUGACUUCGGAAUCGCUAAAAAGGUGGACGGCACCGCGCUCGGUACACACAACAUUGGGACGCCAGGGUAUAUAGCACCAGAACUUUACGGUGACUCGGCAGAUAAAUAUACGGCGGCGGUCGAUGUGUGGUCACUUGGGGCCGUGGCGUUCUGCCUGCGCACAUGUUUCCCACCCUUCCGCAGCGUCAAUCACCUGCUAGACUACGCGCGAAAUCAUGGAGUCGAGUUUCCCAUUGAGCCCUUGUGUGACUCGAGCGCGUGGUGCAUGAACUUUGUCCAUGUCACAAUGGCAGAUGUUCCACAACGACGACUGACGAUGGAGCGCGUCCUCGCGCACAAGUGGCUUUCUGGGCAAUCAGGCUGGCGUGAGAGUGUUGUCCUGGGUGGAAGCUCAGCGACCGGCUCAGGGACGUUCAGCCUAUCGCCGUUGAACGCCUGGUCUAAUACAUACAGCAGCCCCGCAAUGCAGCAAGAGCGAUCGCUGUCUCCCGCAACACCUCUUACGGAACCAGAGCCGACAUUGUUACCGCUCCCCUCCCAUCUCUCCUCUCUACAACAGGCGUCUCGUUCUCAGUUGGCUGAUGGGAUUGCAAACCUUGCAGUAGCAGGUGACGAGCAAGGGAACGAUAACAACACGGAAGAUACCACGUCGGCAGCCCCUUCCAAUGAAGAAUCAUUUUUGAUCGAUCUUGCAAGGGAACAUUGCGAACAAGGCCAGUACGACUGGGGGGAGAAACUAUGGGCGAAGAUACUUGAGUUGCGACGACAGAAACUGGGCACCAAUCACCAGGAAACACUUGAUGCUUUGGAAAGCCUUGCGAUGGCCUACCAUGAGCAAAAGAAGUAUGAAGAGGCAGGACAAGCCAGCAAAGAGCUCGUUAGGGCUCGAAAGGAGGCACUUGGCGACAUGCAUCCCGAUACAAUGAAUGCCUUGCAAAGCCUUUCUGAGAUCUAUGCCAAAGAGAAAAAGUUCAAGGAGGCGGAGGAAGUUGCCACAGAACUCGUCGGCCUGCGACGGGCCUCAUCAGGCUCUCAAAAUCAAGAUAUGAUCCACGCACUGCAUAUCCUUGCGGAAGUUUACUGCCAAGAGAAGAAGUUCAGAGAAGCGGAGCCUUUUGCCGCAGAGGUAGCCAGUUUGCGACAGAAGACCCUGGGCCCGAUGGACCCCGCUACCAUCAGAGCCAUGCGCGGUCUCGCAUACAUAUAUAAUCAACAAGGCAAGUACGAGGACGCACAGUAUAUUAAUGUGCAUACCUUGCAGCCAGAGACAAAAGGUACUCGGGUACAUCUCAGCACACCUACACAAAGGUUGCAUGACAAGGUGGCAGAGUCUAAAGAUACUGGAAAGGCUCCCGAUGGCCACCAGAAGAUCAGAUUGAGUAUCAUCGGCGCCCAUGGUCUACGCAGAACGGGUAUUUUCUCCCGAGCUAGAAUACCUUUCCCCUAUGCGGUCGUCUGCGUCAACGGAGAUAAAAUCUUCUUGACUGUACUUGGGACGGACGCCUUGAACCCACCCCGACACUGGAACGAGUAUACAGAUUUUGCGGUAAACAAAGAUACUAAUGUCGACAUAUCGAUCCACAACAUGAACAAGAAAGGCGAUGAGUACAUAGGUCACUUCGACUUUCGAGUCGGCGAUACCAUUGAUCUAGCACAUGAGGUCAACAGUGAGUUCCAGUUGCCAAUAUCCAAAGCUGCAAGAUCAUCGGCCUUUCCGCUAACAGAGGACGUGCUAGUCACAUUAACGCGUGAUCUGACGGUGUACAAGGGCAAGGGCAAGGCUGGCAAAGUGAAAUUUCGUAUUUGCAGUAUUGACAGACUCCGUCGAGAGGCUCCCCAACCAAGCAAGCAAUUAACAGGGUCAACCGAAUUGCCCAGCAGCACUGCAGAUGACCGCGAGGCCUUUGAUGACCGCAUCACAAUAACUGGACCUGCAGGGUCAACUGAAUUGUCCAGCAGCACUGCAGAUGACCGCGAGGCCUUUGAUGACCGCAUCACAAUAAUUGGACCUGCAGAGAGACGCCCCGGGGCACCAAUGAGAUGGGACGGACAAAUGGACAAAGAUACCCUAUAUAAUGAGUUAUGGUACAAGGUAUAG